AUGACUGAGAACGAAUUCCAGAAUAAAACCGUUUGUGUUACUGGUGCUGGACGCGGUAUUGGAAAAGCAUUAGCGCUACGACUGGCUGAACUCGGUGCAAAAGUUAUCGCCAUUAGUAAAUCCGAUGAAAAUCUAAAACAACUUGUUGCACUAAAUAAUAAGAUUAGUCCAGUUUGUGUAGACUUAUGUGAUUGGAAUGCAACGAAAGAAGCAAUCAAACCGCAUUUACCUAUUCAAUUGUUGGUUAAUAACGCAGCUGUAGCGAUUCUUCAUCCAUUUUUAGAAGUUAAACCAGAAGAUUUCGACGUAUUAUUCAAUGUCAAUGUUCGUUCAAUCAUAUGUGUCAGUCAGGAAAUAGCACGUGAUUUAAUUGAACGAAAACUACCUGGUUCUAUUGUGAAUGUUUCAAGUCAAGCAUCGGCAGCAGGACUAAAAGAUCAUAGUAUCUAUUGUUCAUCGAAAGCGGCUGUUGAUGGAUUAACUCGUGUUAUGGCAUUAGAAUUAGGACCUCACAAUAUUCGAGUUAAUAGUGUGCAACCAACAGUUGUUCUGACUGAAAUGGGUCGUAUUGGUUGGUCUGAUGAAACGAAAGCUGCGGGAAUGUUAUCGAAGAUUCCACUCCAUCGAUUUGCUGAAGUGGAUGAUGUUGUCGAACCGAUUAUUUAUCUACUUUCGAAUAGAUCUGCAAUGAUUAACGGUGUCGGUUUACCUAUUGAUGGUGGAUUUUUAGCAACAUAA